UGCGAACGAUUGAAGACUGAUGAUGAAGACGCCUUGCAAAACCUGCAUGGACGACGAUGAACGCGCCAUUCCCAGCUUUGCUACCGGUAUGCAUAGACAUACAUGUCCACAAAACACAAACGACCACAACACCAUUUUAAAAACACGCCCUCUCUAGCUAGAAAAACAACUCAGAAUCUGAAACCAAAUAGCAACAGCAGAUUAAACCAACAGCAACAAGCAUCAUGACAGACCAAGAAAACCCAGCAGCAGCGACCCCCGAGGAAGAUCCCAAUAAUGCCACACCUGAUGAAGAACUGGAAAAGACUUCCGCUGCGAGUGGAGGCAGAUCCACAGGUGUCAUGCUGGCACUUGGCUGUGGUGUUUGUAUCAUCAUUAUUGGCAUUGUUGCUUUGGUGCUCUGGCUGACUGGCUACUUUACCAUCAAGGAACCCUGUGUGCAAAUCUUUUCCUUUACAGUAAGCGGUUUGGAGUUGGGAACUGGUGAUUCUGAUGCAGCCGACAGCAACCCCCUCGUAGGAGCUUUGAAUACAUUGUCAGGAGGACUGAUCGGUUCAGUUUCAAAAGCAACGAUCAAUUUGGAUCUUGUGCUACAAGUCAACAAUACAAAUUCGUACAAGCUCAAUUACAAGCAGCUGGAUACAGGAUACGUGAAGAUACCAGAAUUCAUGCUCAAUUUCGGAACUCCCACGGAUGGGCCUGUGGAAACUCUGAAUGAUUUUCCCGUUGGAAAUUGGGAUAUUGAUGAUGGAACCCUUCCCAAAAAAUCUGCCACUCUUCUCCCGGUCUCUGUGUCUGCUGAAAUUGACUUGGCCGACCCAGCAACCAUUGGAUUGGCACCCAUCUUUUUGAGUGGGGGAGAAAUGGCAUUUUUAAUCAAGGGAGGCAUUGAAGGAUCCAACUGGGUACCAGGGCUUACAGGUGAUGUCCGUUUCCUCUGCUUGGCUCAAGUGGAGGAUGUCCUGCAGUUUGGAGCCGACGCCAAGAUUUUUUGUCGAACGUCUCUCGAUGUUGGAGGCAUUAUCAGUCAGGAAGGAGUCAUCCAAACUCGAAAUUUGCAAGAAAUAUUGCUGGAGCAACCACCCACAGAUCCCUCUUGUUGGGUUUAGAUAAGAGCCGAGAAAUGGCGCCGAUUUUGGAAUGCAGCUUUCGAGUCCCUGAACUUGUUGACAUCGACAACAACCAACACCUAAGAUGACGCAGUAUGUCAUGGUGCAUUUUAUUAAAAGUUAACAGUAGCACAAUGACUUUAUCCAUCUG